CUCCCUCUCUCGCUCACCCUCAGUCUCUUUCCUCCUUUUCUGUCUGCCGCUGGCCUACGACAGGGGAAGUGCACAAAGCCGAUAAGAAAAUCUGGCGUGUCGGCUGCGGCCCGGUGCGCGCUAUGCUGCGGUAAACGCCGUCCGUUCGCGCCGUCGUUUGCGGGGGAUGUAGAGAGGCACGGAGCCGUCGCUCUCCGCCGAGGACCGCGCCGCGCCCGCUCCGCUCCGCUCUGCCCAGCCCGCUGCACCGCGGAGCGGCCUCUGAAGCACACAAGAUGUCGACCAGAACGCCAUUGCCCACGGUGAACGAGCGUGACACCGAGAAUCACUCGUCCGUGGACGGCUUCGUGGAGCCGCCAGCGCCCCCCACCAAGUCGGCCAGUCGCCACAGCCUGCCGCGAUGCCGCAACUCCUUCACCUCCACGGAGGAGCACCCCCACAUCGGCAACUACCGCCUCCUCAAGACCAUCGGGAAGGGGAACUUCGCCAAGGUGAAGCUGGCGCGGCACGUUCUGACCGGACGAGAGGUGGCGGUGAAGAUCAUAGACAAAACCCAGCUGAAUCCCACCAGUCUGCAGAAGCUCUUCAGGGAAGUCCGAAUAAUGAAGAUACUGAAUCAUCCCAAUAUAGUGAAAUUAUUUGAGGUGAUUGAAACGGAGAAGACCCUUUAUUUGGUGAUGGAGUACGCCAGUGGUGGGGAGGUGUUCGACUAUUUGGUGGCUCAUGGCAGAAUGAAGGAGAAGGAGGCCAGAGCCAAGUUCAGACAGAUCGUGUCUGCAGUGCAGUAUUGUCACCAGAGGAGGAUAGUACACCGGGAUCUAAAGGCGGAGAACCUGUUGUUGGACGCCGACAUGAACAUCAAGAUCGCAGACUUUGGCUUCAGCAACGAGUUCACUCUGGGCAGCAAGCUGGACACGUUCUGCGGCUCCCCGCCGUACGCCGCUCCAGAACUCUUCCAGGGGAAAAAGUACGACGGGCCAGAAGUGGACGUCUGGAGCCUGGGGGUCAUCCUCUACACACUGGUCAGCGGAUCCCUGCCCUUUGAUGGACAGAACCUGAAGGAGCUGAGGGAGCGAGUCCUGCGGGGAAAGUACCGUAUUCCCUUCUAUAUGUCCACAGACUGUGAAAACCUGCUGAAGAAACUGCUCGUGCUCAAUCCGGUCAAACGAGGCAGUCUGGAGCAAAUCAUGAAAGACCAUUGGAUGAAUGUGGGUCAUGACGAUGAGGAGCUAAAACCUUACAUCGAGCCUGAGGCCGACUUCAGUGAUACAGCCAGAAUAGAGCUCAUGGUCACCAUGGGUUUCCCCAAAGACGAGAUCACAGAGUCUCUACAGGGGCAGAAGUAUGACGAUGUCAUGGCCACCUACCUGCUGCUGGGAAGGAAAGCUCCAGAGUUCGAGGGGAGCGAGCCCCUGACCAACAGCGUCCUGGGCCAGCGGCAGCGGCCGACCAGCGACAUCAACAACAGCUCCAGCAUCUCUCCCGCCCAUCCAAAGGUCACGCGCAGCAUCUCGGCCAAUCAGAAGCAGCGUCGCUACAGUGAUCAUGGUGGGGAUGAUGAUGGUGGUGGUGGUGUCGUAGACAAGCCAAUGGGUCCAUCUGUGCCUCCGGCGGUGUCGUACACGAAGCGCGGCCAAGCGCUGAGCGUGGAGAGCGACCACAGGGAGGAGUGGGACGGCGCGCGCCGGCUGGAGCUCAGCACGUCCAAGGGGGACGUCCCCGCGUCGCCGCUGGGCGUGCAGGAGAGGAAGAAAGCCACGAGCGCCGUGGGGACCAACGGCUCGAUGACCCGCAGGAACACGUACGUGUGCGAGCGCUCCUCCACCGACCGCUACUCGGCUAUACCCAACGGCAAAGACAGCAGCUUAACCGAGGUGUCAGGUAGCACCCCGUCGACGGCCAUGGGCUCCACGCGACCUCGUCACACCAAGUCCAUGUCCUCGUCAGGGCACCCGUCCAAGAGCACGCUGCCGCCCAUCGAUGACAACACGGAGCUCAAAGCCAGCUCCUCCCCGCGAGGCCCGUCCACCUCCCCGUCGGCGCACAGCAUCAGCACGCCGGAGAAGAACCGCUUCCCCCGCGGCACCACCAGUCGCAGCACCUUCCACGGCGCCCAGCUCCGAGACCGGCGCAGCGCCACCUACAACGGGCCCCCGGCCUCCCCCACGUUGUCCCACGACACGGGGGCUCUCGCCCAGCAGCGCAGGGGCACCUCCACUGGGAUCAUCAGCAAGAUCACCUCCAAGUUUGUCCGCAGAGCUCUGUCUUUCAGGUCGACCCGGAGGGUGCCUAGUGAGGGAGAGGCCAGUGCCAGGACAGAAACACCGAGGAGGGCGUCCGGUGAUGCUAAGGAGGAGAGUGGUCGGGACUCGAAGCCCCGCUCGCUGCGUUUCACCUGGAGCAUGAAGACCACCUCCUCCAUGGAGCCCGCCGAGAUGAUGCGGGAGAUCCGAAAGGUCCUGGACGCCAACAGCUGCGAUUACGAGCAGCGCGAGCGCUUCCUGCUGUUCUGCGUCCACGGCGACGCUCGCCAGGACAACCUGGUCCAGUGGGAGAUGGAGGUGUGCAAGCUGCCCCGCCUUUCGCUCAACGGCGUGCGCUUCAAGAGGAUAUCGGGCACGUCCAUCGCCUUUAAGAAUAUCGCCUGCAAAAUUGCCAACGAGCUCAAACUGUGACAGCAGAUGGAGGCCCAGUCAGUCGUCGGUGAGCUCUGGUUCCAGUCUCAUCUCAUCACUGGAUUAGUGUUGACUUGCGGGACAACAUUCAGCACUGACGGUCCUCGCGACACAGUAUCAGGGUGGACCCGGCUGGUGACGUGCAAUACUGGCCACGAAUGUACUGUACAGGGUAGUGGAUCAUAGCGAUAUCGCAAGGUUUAACCUCUGUGACAGAGAGAUAGCAAAAACAGCUAAGGCCGUUUUCUUUUUCCUUCCUCCGUCCGUCCCUCUGUCUCAUCAGCCCGCUGCUCGUCGUCAUAGGACACAUUCAUGUAACACAUGCAGUAUGCAACUGAAGACCACCGUCCUGCAAUAAUGUUUUCAAUCUCUUUUUCUAAACGCCUACUACAAGAUUUAUUCUCCUCGCAGAGUAACCAUUAAAAUUACUGAAGCUAAAUGAGCUGCUUUUCCCACCUGUGUUGAGUCGGUAUAUAGAUCAGGCUGGAGCGCAUACUAAAACUAUGUAAAAAGAGAAUUGUACUGUAUGCAUAACAUCUGCAGGUACUGUAUUGUAUAUUGAUUUUUCGUUCGUGUACAGAAUUUUCUUGUCAAUACGUUUUUCAUGGAAUUUGAGUUCUUUCCUAAUAUAAUUGAUGUCUCUUACAGCAUUAUCCUUUUUGGUCUGUGAGUUUUUUUUUUCUCAUUAUUUUUUUAACAGCCACCAUAUGAAAAUAGUGUUUUUCAUUUUAUUUAAAGAGCACUAAAUUAUUUUGUGGGAUACUAAGGGGUGUGUUCCCUUGCCUUUUAUGUGAUGUUAAAAAACACUAAGUUGCACCACAUAGACUUGAGUAGAAAGUUCAGUUUAAACUGAAAAUGUGUUCACUUUAUUUUCUCUCGGCAGCAGGUCGGCGAUCUGGAGAUUUCCUGCUGCAAUUGCACAAGUUUUCCAGGGUGAUGUGUAUGAACAUGAGAGUCUGCACCUGUAUUUCUUUCAUGUUUGGUUGUCCUCAGUUACAAAAGAAAAAAGCAGGAUUCAAAUUGGUCCACUUAGGAAAGCAGGGGACAUGAAGUCUGCAUGAGAAGCCUGUCACCGUGAAAGAAGCAGUUUGUCUUUCUCAAGAGCCUAAUUUAGUCCUGCCUCCCGUGUGAUUGUGCAGGUACUUGUGUAUCUCCUCGCUUGUGUUGUUUUUUUUUUUUUAACUCUGCGGAUUUUAUUGUAUUUAUUCCAUUACAUUGUAAUGUGCUGCUUUGUAGAAUUGAGGCGUGCACUUUGUUGGAGAAAAUAAAAAUGAUUUUAUUUGUUUGUA